AGAGGAGCUUCUGGGAAGAAAUGUCUCACUGACUCUGUCGCCUGGACAACCGGGUAAGAGAGGAGGGGAGGGCGCACGAGAUAGAAAAAGGACCAGGGAGCAUAAAAGGAGAGGAAAACAACACAUUAUUAACUGCUUUUAUUGGAGUAUUUCUUUGGAUUGUGUGUAAAGGGGGGCGUGUUUUUUGUGUUUGAUAGUCCAGUGAGGAUUCCCCUGAUAUUUCUGUUUUAAUAAUGAGUUUUUAACCAGAAACAAUAAAAAGUAAAUCAUACAUUUUUAACUACUACAGAGCAUGAGGGGAUGAAAUUAAAGAGCACAAGUUCUGCACAUCACAAUUGGACCCAGUAGGCCUGUACGCUUCACCUGUAAUUCUUGUCUCAUCAGCAUCAGGUAAGAGUCCCUUCAGCAUUAUUACAGAUGUUUGUUCUGAUAGAGACACUUGUUUUUUUCUGAUUUAUUGAUUGAAAAAGAAACGUUACUUUGCAGCUACUCAGGGGGGGACAGAAAAAGUGAGGAAGUUGUUUGAAAUGUCUAAAAAAGCUGGCUGGAUUGCAUCUAUUGUUCAAAAGAGUAACUCUUAAGCGGUUAAGUUCUGGGGAAUAGGCUUCAUUAUGUUCUUGAGUGUGUUGUUUUUUACGCUGCUGGAAAAAUGAAAGUACCAUAGCUGUUAUAUGGGGCUUAUUUAAUCAGUUUUAUUCAGGAGAGUGAGAGAAAUUGCCUGGUUCAGCCCCAGGAGGCUUCACACACCGAGCACAGAGCGUCAGAGCGAGCAUAAAUUCAUCGACAAUAAGAAAAUGAACACCGUUGUUAGGUGCAAAUGGAUCUCAAGAGUUGGACUUGACUCCGUAUUCUCGGUGCGUGAAGAAUAGGAGACACGUCCUCCAUAAACAUACUGCUGAGCGCUCAUGCAUAAGGAGUAUAUUCAUAGGGCACUGGUGCUGAAAUCAAUGCCCCUUUAAAUGAGGUGGUAUGCUGGAUGACUUUACACCAGGCUGAAUGUGUGUGUUGGGCAGGAGGCAGCAUGUGAUAUCCAUAUUGGAUGAGAUGGAGAGGAGAUAAACAGAAGAGGAUGGGGUUAUUUUUAGCUGCCGUCAGCAUUGAAGGUUACAAAUCUCUCACCUUGGUGGACAGGAUAGAGGUGUGGAGAAAAAAAGGGGGAUGACAGAAGGGAAGAGAAGGGCAAGAGAGGGAGGCAUGGUUGCAAAAGGAGGGAUGAUGGAGAUGGUUAUAGGUGAUGAGUUCAGGCUCACAGCAGGCUGGGGUUGCUCAGACCUUCUACCUCACCUACCUCAGACACUAAAAAGAGAUAGAGAGAGAGGAGGGGAGAAAUGCUGACACUUUGCUAGUCGGUGUUUUUGUUAGAGAAAAAAUAAUACAUGAGGAAAUCUGGUUUAGAGGAGCUUAUGGUUCACCCCUUUUUUGCUUACAGCUCACUGAACACGACACAAGGCAGCCAAAAAACAGCUGUGUGCUGCAAAAACACAAACCAUCAAAUAUAGCAGCUGUACCGCCUCUCUGUUAAAAGAAAGUCGAUAAAAAAUACAAACAGUAAUUUCAAAAAAAUGAGUUUUGUCCGUGAGUUAAAGCAGGGGUGUUCAUUCACUAUGAGAGGGCAUGCAUAAUACAACAGAAGCUUCAUUUUGAAGUGAUAAAUAAAAGAUUUUAUAUCCCAGAAGCUGUUCUGGUCAGGUUUGAUGCAUUUCUCUGUCUGGAUAUAAAAUAAACAUCACUCUGAAGACAAAGAAACAGGCUCUCCAUAAAGAAGAACACAGAUUAAACACAGACUGAACCAUGCUCAAAAAAGAUUUCACUCAGAAAGUCGGGUGCUAAAUCACACUCUGUUUUUAAUCCACACCUGCAGACUGUUUAAAUUGUUUGCGUACCGCUAAUCUUGAAUGAACAAUACGGGGAGCUUGUAAACACAUUUGUUAUACCCGACUCUGCAGCACUCACAGUACUCUGCAGCUCUACACCCAUCAUGAUUAUUGUAUAUAUGGUGCAAUCUUUCUUGGCUGCGAAGACACGUCACACCUGUCAAAAAGCGAGAGAGAAUGAUGCUACCCAGAGGCCGUGCGCCACUGUAGAUAUCUUCCUCCACUGUACCUGCUGUCUGUUGUAAGAUACACACAAGAGGACAAGGGGUUAGAACUCUGCAGGCACCAAGUCUGCAUCCCAGUCUCUAAUGAGUCCCUCAGACUGUCAGACUUUGACAACUGCACCACUGAUCAGUCUGUUUUGAUGUAGAAACGGACACAGAAAUGGAGCUGUGGAGAUGUGCUGAUAGUCCUCUCAUUUAGAUUUUCUAUGAAUAAUAAACAGCAGAAAAGCACCAUUUCUCCCCACAGAUCUUUGAGGUGCAGAUCCUUUAUUUGAAGAGGGAUAGCUGUGGUGUGUGAGUGUCUUCUUCAGUCAUUUCUUAGGAUUUUCUCUCUCUCUCCCCUCUUUCCGUCAGCUCACCUCUCCCUCAUCAUGUUUCCGUGCUCGCCUGGAGCCUCCUCUCAUCUCCUGAUGAUGAGAGCACCGUCAUCAAAACAAGCUGUUGAGGCAGAGAUGAAAUGUAACAGGAUUAAAAUAAUCUAAUUACCAAAAUUAGCUGUUUGACUCCUUUUGAAUUUCUGUAAUGGCACGACUUUAUCUCACAAGCAUUUUUAUGGUUGAUCACACAGUUGAUCACACAUUAUACAAAAUAAAGAGGAGAGCAGUUUGCUUUAUCACAUUAAAGAAAAAACUCUUUAAUCCAUGUUGUUUUAUAAGCGCUGUAAACCUAAAGUUACUAAGAUGGUUUUUAAGUUUUUGUUAAACCAGCCUUUUUUAUUCUUGUUUCCCCAUCUCAGAAAAAACAAACUUUCUUUAAACCAUUAAUAAAAUCUUUCACCAAAAGAGCAUUUGGUCCCAGCGUGGGCAGAUGCUGAUCUGCUGCUCCGUCAUUAAAAGAUGCACUGGUGUCCCUGUCGAUGUGGAGCGAUGACAUGGUGAUUAGUAAAAGGAAGUGUUGUACUGAUGUAAAAAAAGGCUCAAAAUAGGUCCCUCUUUUAUUAGACACAGCAGAGUGGUUGAUAUCCAACUCAACAGGCUCUUUUAAUCUUUUCCAUGAGAAGAGAAAUCCAGCAUAAAACCACAUUAGCAAAAAACUGAUUUGAGAACUUUGAAAAUGACUCUCUCUCUCUCGGAUAACGGGAAAGUUUUGAGCGAAGGUUAAAUAAGCGCACAAACAUGAAGCAUCUGUGAGCUCAAACCUUCAUUAAUCCAAAGACAGUGAACAGCGCCUAAUAGUACCUCGAAACUCCUAUAAAUCAACAGGCGUCCAGUUCAGUUUAACCUCUCCAGAUUCUUUCUCCUCUGCUUUCCAACACAGUCGUCUUUUACAAAUAUUGAUUUAAAUGUGUCAUUUUGAAAUUCCUCCAUUUUAUGAUAGAUUUUCUCUUAAGCUACAGAGCUGAGCACAGCUAUCUGUUACACAUAAUCAAAAUUCACUGUCUUACCUGGCUGACCUUAAAGCCCCGUUUUUAAAGAGAUAGAUUGCUGCAGUUAGCGGGCUGGCUGCCACUUGAAUGCGAACCGUGUACGGCAUCUUUUGUGUGGAGGAGGAGGAAAAAAGUGGCACCUAUUGACACUAUUACUCAAAAGGUGCCUAUCACAGGAGAUAAAGCCUUUCUUUUUCCACAACUCUGUCUAAUAUCGCACUCACUCUUCUUGUCAGUAAUUAGACAUGUGAGAUGAUUUAAUUUGCUGCAGAGCAGACUCUGCCACCUUGACUGCUGAUGCAGAGAGCCGCCAGCAGACUGUCUCUGGGUGAUAAUGGCAGGCACACACAUGGACAGAGAGUGGAAUUAAAUCAAAGCGUUUAGCCUGUUUCACCCUCAAGCUCUUGUGAUCAGCAUCUCAAAGCAGGACUCAUUCAAGCAGAGUAAUUUCUUGAGGAAAAAAAGGUCUUUCCUCCUCCGUUGCGUCCCACUGGAGGCCUUUAGUUGACAGCUGCUCGAGGACAGACUUAACUCGUGUGUCCUUGCUCGCUGACUUUAACUUCCAAACCACUUUGUCCUUCAUUUUUUUUCUAAUGUUCAUGACAGCUGCUUGUAGUUUAAAGCAUCUACUCUGUGCUUGUGUUUUCUGCGCGUGUGUUACCUCCUCGAGGAGAGGCGGAAUGGUGGAUGUGAGCAAUGUUAACAAUUGGUGUUAUUGGUCCCUGACAGGUGCCAGCAUGGAUGUGGAGGAUGAUCCGCUGCUGUUUCAGACCAGCUGGGGAGCGAUGGAGGAUGAAGAGGAGGAGCAGGAGGACGAGGAUGAAGUUGCUCGUGCAGCAGGACGAGGUUGUUUCUCAGAGGAGGCUGCUUUGUGUGGGCUGUGGAAGGUAGUGGGGUGGGUGUACACACAGCCAUGGGCCAGUGGGGUGGUUUUAGGGGUCGCAAUCUUGCUCCCAUGCACCCUGUUUACCUACAUGCUCCUCUACUGCCCUCCUCUGGACAUAGACCUCUCCUACAGUGCCUUUGAGGUUCACAGUCACUUCUCCGCUGAGCGCUUUGACGCCCUCACCAUCGCUGUUAAGACUCAGCUGGGCUCCUGGGACAGACAGAGGCGAGACUUAGAUUACAGCGAGGCGGAGGCCCUGAAGGAGCUUCUGCUGGAGAAGCUGGGUAGGCAGGGAGCAUUAAACUGGACAGAUAAUGAGGGCAUUACAUUCUCCACUCCUCUAAACAACACUUUAGACUCAGGAGAUGAUCAGAGGAGAGAUACUGCACUGGACAGACAUAAAAGGACAGCACAUGAUUUGGCUCAGGGUAAAAUUAUGAAGCACAAGAAGUCAAAUAAAGAAGCAGGAGUGGAUGAGGAGAGAUCACAGGAGAAAAAUUCAAGUUUACAGCUCAUCAGGAGGCGCAGGUUUGCCCCCAAUUACUACAUACAGAGCCAGGCUUUGUGGAGGAUUGAGCUGGUGUUUGUGGCUCAAGGGAAAGGUGAUCGUAACAUCUUCACCCCGGAACGUCUGCAGACCAUUCAUCAUGUGGAGCAUCUGCUCAUGCAGCACCCGCAGUUUCAUCAAUUCUGCUGGAAGCCUCUAGAGAUGUUAAGAGAUCUGCCACUGGGACCGUCCUACUGCUCCCCACCUAGCUCUCUGCUGUCCUAUCUCUACCCCAGUGAGAGAGGAGGAAAGAUUUACUACGACGGUAUGGGCCCAGAUCUGGCUGAUAUUCAAGGUGGGUCUCACAGCGAAGAAAGUGAGGAGGGAAAAAAUCACAGCUUUUGGACUUAGAGGAGCACUUGUGAAAGCCUUUUUUAACAGGGCUGUGUUUGUAUUUCCAGGUUCUCUGAGUCUAGCCAUCACCCACCCACAGUUCUACUGGUACGUGGAUGAGAGUCUCUCCCCAGAGCAUCUCUCCUCCUCGUUAUUACGCAGUGAGAUCCACUUUGGAGCUCCUCUCCCUUCUUAUUACUCCCUACAGGAUCGAGCUGAAGAGCAAAGAUCUCUCUUCAAAAACUUUGUGGUCCAGUAUGCAGACAUUCUGGCCAAACAGUCCACCAGGUGAGAAAGACAUCACAGCUAUAUUGCAUCAUUGUUUUUAAGGCUUUAUAAUCUUAUUAUUGAUAUGCAGCUGAGUUUCAAUGCUGCUUUUUGUGUGCAUGAUUUGUCCCAGCCAGGUGAAGGUGCUUUAUGGGGGAACAGAGCUGUUUGAUGACGAGGUGAGACACACCUUCCACAAUGACAUGAUGUUGGCUGUCAUCAGUGGAGCCUGCAUUACUGUCCUCGUCUAUGUCCUUACCUCCUUUUCUGGUACAGUAUGUUGCUCCUUUUACUCGCACUGAUGCACAGUUCUCUAGUCGUUCAAACAAUUACACUAAACUAAGCAAGUUAUUUGGGAUUACAGAAAUGUUUUCUUGUGUCUCUGCAGUGUUUCUGACUUUCUUUGGCCUCACUAGCAUCGGAUUGAGCUGCUUGAUGGCUCUUUUCAUAUACCACGUUAUCUUUGGUGUGAGGUACCUGGGCAUUCUCAAUGGAGUUGCAGCCUUUGUGAUUAUCGGUAUAGGUAAGAAAAGGAGAGGUUUAUACACUUUUCAUCAUAGGAGUACAGGUGCAGCUAAAAAAAACAUAAGAACAUCCUGAAAAAAGGUCAUUUUCACAGUGAUUUAAUUCAAAAAGUGAAAUGUCCAUGUAUUCUUGAUUCAUCACACGCUAAGAUGAAAUUUAUCCAAGACUAUUUUUUGACUGAAUCUUCAUGUUUAUGGCUUACAACUCAGGAAAAUCAAAAAUCCUCUAUCUCCAAUCAUCAUAAUAUUCCAAAACACGGAUCCACAUGGAUUUAUAACCCUUUAAUGCCUUUUGUAUCAUAUUUGAUACAUACUUUUAUGAUACUUCUAUCAAAUCAAUAUGAUCGACACCCAAAAAGACACCCAAAUACAGUCCGAUAAAUGAUAAAAAUGUCCUCUUGUGGUUUAUCAAUUUCCAAAAACAGCUAAUGUAUCAAACGAGAUAAAUAAAUAUAUAUUUGUUGAAUUUUAAGGACAUUUUGAUUUUUUUGGUUUUCAAUAGUAGUUGAAAUAAACAUUUCAGCUCCAAAAAAAUUUUAAUUUUCUGGCCAUAAUUUGUGGUUUCAGCCUGUAAAGAGAUAAUACAGAAAUGUCGGCAUUCUGAGUAAUUUUGACACUUAUGCACUCAGGGCUUUUUUUUGCACGAAUUACUGCAUCAGUAAUGUUCAGCAUGUCCUGCUGGAAAAGAAAAUCUGCAUCUCCAUUAAGCUUGUCGGCAGAUGGAGGCAUGAAGUGCUCUAAAAUAUCCUGGUAGACCUCAGAAUCUGUUGACUCUGGACUUGAUAAAACACAGCCGACCAUCACCGGCAGAUGACAUGGCACCACGAAUCAUCACAGACUGAGGCAACUUCACGCCAGACUUCAAACACAGAGGAUACUGUGCCUCUCUGAUCUUCCUCCAGACUUUAGGAGCUUGAUUUACAAAUUAAAUGCAAAAUUUACUUUCAUCUGAAAACAGGACUUUGAACCACCGAGCAGUGGUCUGGUUCUUUUUCUCCUUUGCCCAGGUGAGACACUUAUGACAUUGUCUCUGGUUCAGGAGAGUGUGGAUAGUAGAAACACAACACUUGUAGCUCAUUUCCUGGACAUGUCUGUGUGCAGUCGUCCUUGAUGCUCUGGCGUCAGCCUCAGUCCGGUCCUUGUGAAGCUCUACAAAGUUCUUGAAUCUGCUUUGUUUAACAAUCCUCUCAAGGCCGUGGUCACUUCUUCCUUUCACAUUUUUCAUUAAUCUGCUUCCAUACAGACUCUGUGAAUAGUCAGCCUUGUCAGCGAUGACCUUUUGUGUCUUCUCCUCUAUGUGGAGGGUGUCAAUAAUCGUCUUCUGGACAAGUGUCAAGUCAGCAGUCUUUCCCCUUGAUUGCGGUGAUGUGUACUGAACCGGAGUGAGAGAAUUAAGCCUCAGUAAACAUUUGCAGGUCUUCAGAGUUAAUUAGCUGAUUAAAACUCUUUUCAGAACUGAAAUAACUGAGAAGAAACUGGACUUUUCCACUAUAUUUGAUAGGAUUUCUAUUUUUAUGAGCUGUGAGCCGUAAUCAUCCAGAUUCAAACAGAUAAAGUCUUAAAAUAUUUCACUCAGUUUGUGCUAAAUCUAGAAAAUAUGGAUCUCCCCUUUUUAAUUACAUUAUGGUGAUAAAAAACAACCUUUUUAGGAUAUUUUAGUUGUUUUUUGCUUUGCCUGUAAUUCAACGAUUAGAAAAUGUGCUUUAUGCUCUUUAGUUUUCUUGUCUUCUACAUUAAGUAUGUUGUCAAAACCAACAGCUGCAUAAAGUUAUUAGGCAUGUAGGCAAAAAAGAGGAAGAGCUUUCAUGGCUUGAGUUGAGCUGGCUCAGCAAAAUCACAUAAAACUAGGGAUGUCCCGAUCAGAUAUUGAUAUCGGAUAUCUGUGCGAUAUCAGCAAAAAAAAAAAAAUAGAGCAAAUAUCAGAUUAUGUCGGUCUGCAUCUAAAAGUUCAGACAUCAGCACUCUGAUACAAGCAGUCCAAUCCAGACUUCGGAUCCAGAAUGCAGAGUCCACCGGCUCACAACAACAAUGUGUACUUAUGCUGUGUUCGAGUUACCUCAGGAGUCAGGAGUCCGAGCUGAAAAUGACGUCACACCCGAGUUACCAGCGUUUCAGUUACCAAGUCAAAAAAAAGCAAAAUCGGAGGUGGAAACAAGAUGGCUACAUCUACGAAAGUUAUUUUAGCGCUUGUGCUGUCCGAAUAUAAGGCAAGCGCUAAAAUAACUUUUGUAGAUGUAGCCAUCUUGUUUUAGGUCUCCGAUUUUGCUUUUUUCCGAUUUGGUAACUGAAACGCUGGUAACUUGGGUGUCACGCCAGUUUCAGCUCCGACAUCUGACGUCCAAGGUAACUGGAACGCAACAUAAAAUACUAUCAAAGUAGCAAGGAGUAGGUGUGAUGUCAGCAUUGUGGCAGUAUUUUUUUUGUCAAAGCCCAAAAAAGACGUUGCAUCUGAGUGCAAAACUUGUCAUGCACAAGUUUUUUUUUGCUAAUAUCGGAUCAAUAUCGGCAAAUACUGAAGGCUACAAUAUCGGUAUUGUAUCGGAAGUAAAAAAGUUGUAUCGGGCUUUACCUACAUAAAACACCUUAAGUUGUCAUUAGAAAUAUAGAUCACCAGAUUAUUAACCAAAGACUUACCCUUUUUUGAUGUCAUGACCCGGGUGUUUUCAGCACUGUUAAAUGGACCAGGUGCAUUUUGUCGUAGUAGUUCAUGUUACCUGAAGAGUUAAGAGAUAACUGAAUGGGAGAAGAAACAAAUAUACGGCUGUAACAUUAUUAACUGAAACAUCUGGGUUUGUUUUUCUUAUUUUCAAAAUGUAAAUCAGCACUUUUUCCAGUACAUUAACUGCGAUCUGUAACAAGAAAACUCAUUUGUUCUCUCACUGUUGCUCAGGAGUCGAUGAUGUAUUUGUGUUCAUCAGCACCUUCAGACAAGCUUCCCACCUGCAUCAGCCGCAGCAGCGAAUCAUCUACACAAUUAAAACUGCUGGCAGAGCUACUUUCCUCACCUCCUUUACUACAGCAGCUGCAUAUGCUGCAAACACCUUCUCUCAGGUAAUCACAGGAGAGAAAGGCUGCUGUUAAUAGGAUCAGUGCAGGAAGACUGAGUGACUGCCCUGCUAUGGAUGAAAAGAAAUGCCUCUCUCAGCAGACAGCCGUUUUCAUGUGAUAAGCACAAAUUGAAUGUUUCAAGGUCCUUUACACUGUGUUUCAUUUCACUGACACUUAGAUCCCAGCCGUGCAUGACUUUGGCCUAUUCAUGGCCCUCAUUGUCAGCUGCUGCUGGCUCUGGGUAUCUGUCCUGAUGCCAGCCGCGCUCUGCAUCUGGACCGAGUGUGUGGAGUCUCAGGAACGAGCCUGGCUGCACUGGUGAGCGCUUAUUUCCUUACUGUUUUGUGUAAGAUGUUAUUUCUGCACGCUGUGCGACACCACAGAUGCGAUGUAAUCCCUUCAGCUGUCUCCCCCCCCCCUAAACUGUCUCCUCCCUCUGAAGCUGGAAGCUGUUUUCAGGGCUGUCAGCGAGCCACGGCCCUUUGUCAGAUGAGGAUGAUGAUGUGGCGCUCCUGUCAGUGGAGAUGGAGCCAGGUGAGAUUAUUAUCUUACUCACAGUGGAUGGAUGACGGGAGGCAGAAUAGGGAAAGGGGAAGAGUCCAGGUUGUAAAACGUUGCUGUCCAGGCACCAUUAAGCCUCUGCUUUUGUCUCUUCCAGGCUCCUGUGACACAGACGGCGAUGCAGCUAUUCUUUCCCUGUCAGUGGAAACACCUCUGUCCCCUCCAGGGCAGCAACAUGUGGGUGUGGUGAGCACAAACCUCCAAUGGGCCCUGAAGCAUUUAGUGGCAGAGCCAGCUUUGGAGCAAAGACGAGCUGUUCUAGGUGAGAUUUGAUUAAAACUCUGGGAUCACACUGGGAGUUUGACUUCGCUUAAAACGGAUAACUUCAACAGGACAGGGAAAAUAGAAUUUGCAUUUUUCACAUUACUUUUCUAGCUAUAAUCAAUGAAGACUAGCCAAUUAGAGAGCUCUCUUUGAAAACCAAAAAUGUACCAGGGCCAGAUUACCUCCAGCAUUGUAAUAGAAUGAAUAAUACAUCUACAUACACAAUUAACUUUUUAAAAUAGCUAAACAUGGGAUCAAAAAGAGUAAUGAAAAUGAAGGAUUUAACCUUUGUAUUCGUCUGAAAUGAUCCCCUGUGGCCAUCCUGCGGGAUUGUAGACCCUCGCUGUAAAGAUCACUGAUUUAGACAUUAGCGUAACCUCCAGCUCACACAAGCACCGUUGAAGAAAAGCUGUAACCUCUGUGCAGCCUGGGGGGAAAUGAAUCUGUCAGAAGAAGGGCAAGCGGCCAUCACGCAGUAUUCAACCUUUAUCUUUUCUGGAGUGACUGUAAUUGAUCCUUCCUCCUGAUCCGUCCAUCAGAGGCUCUAUCUAAUCCAUCAGUUCCUCCUCUCUCUGCCAUUGCUCAUCAUUGUCUUCCUCUCAUCCCAGGUGUCUUCCUCCUAGUCUUGGUCUUAUCUGCCGGGUGCUGCUGUCUCCUGAGGCCCGCCACUCACGCCCCGCUUCUUUUCCGUCAGGACACGAACCUCCAGUCUCUGUUGGCACUGAGGAGCAACCUCAGCGGUCAGGGUAUCUCUUGCCCCAUGUGCUCAGGUGAGACUUCGGAGGAGAUGGAAUUUCUCACAUCAGUUUCCCUCUGAAGGCUUCAAGAAAAAUAUCUGAAAUGUACUUUUUUGUCCUGCAGGUGUAUUCAUGGAGAAACCCCACCUUUUGUACACUCACGCCUCCUCUACAGGGUUUAAGUUUUCAACACAUCAGCAAGCUACAAGCACAAUGACCUCUACCGCUGCUCGGAGAUCAGUGAGAACAAACCCAAGCACAAAUCAAACAGGUAAAAGAUGCGGCGCACGAAACUCUCUCUUCUCUCACCUUUGUCCUUGCGGAAACAUGUUCUGCUGUUUGAAAUGAAAGCGCGGACGCUGUUUUUCAGGCUCUUUACUCACGGUGUACAUAUCAAAGUUGGACCUUGGAGCUUCUACAACCCUUUAUCGCUUCUCCCUUAACACCAGCACACCCACCCCGUGGAAACUCUGCAGCUCAGAUCAUGAUGAGGUGUCAUCUUUUCAGGUUAGGAGGCGGGAAAAAAAAAGUCAGCCUAAUGAUAUUUUGAUAAUUCGUUAUAACGUUAUGUCUCCCAUCUGUGACACGCCUCACCAAAGCGGCUUAAAAAUAAUCUUGUUUUAUCUGAAUAGGCUUAUAAUCAGCCCUGCAGCAAUUACACCAGCAGAAUGACAGUGUGUGUUUCCCAUGUGUACCAUCCGUACCCCAGCUGGAUGAUUACAUCCACUUCAUGUGAACCCCGGCAUGGCUGGACGCCAGAGUUCUCUUUUUAUGUGGCAUCAUCUCCACAGCAGAACAGCAGGUGAAAACACAAAUAGAAAAAGGGUUAGAGUUAGAUGGACUGUCAUGUUGAUUUAGCAGACAAUCGCUCAUUUCUGCCCUGCUUUCCCCCCUCUCAGGAGGCUGUACUAUGCCCAGUGCCGCCUAAGACCUCAUCCCACGAGAAUAUGUGUGGGACUGCCGGGCUGUGGUAUCAGUUCUGGGCCUGAUGGACCCACACAAGGAUCCUUUUAUACUCCUCUUCUCAGCGGUGAGGGAGCAAGUGUCACAGCAUCCUUAUUAUUACGAGGUUUUCAAGCCCAUCAGCAAAACAAUUUUCCCACCAAAUGAAACGUCUGUUUAUGUCAUUAAGUUUCAAAGAGUCUUAUAAAAAGAGAAAACGCACUGAUAUGACUUCAUUCAGAUUUAGCAUCUUAAAGUGCCCCACUCUGAACCCACUUGAGGAUUUUCCACUUGUGUACUUCACUUGCACACACAUUUUUUACUCUGUAUAAAUAAAUGCUGCAUAGAGAUUUUUCCCAUGUGCUAUUUUUACAGAUGCCUCGUCCACCGCCAACAUGAAGACAUCCAAAACCUCUGGCUUCAACCCAUGCAGCAGCGGUGCAUGUGGCCGCCCAGCAGUGCGUCCUCUGGUGGACACGGGGGCAAUGGUCUUUGUCGUGUUUGGCAUCUUGGGCGUCAACCGCACAGGACAUAAGGACAACCACGUGAUUGGAGAUGUGGUGAGAGUCGCAUCUGUGUCGGCAUGCUCAGAAUCAACAAGAACAAAGCAGAGCCAGAUUGUUGAAUUAAUUUCUCAUGUGGUUGAUGAAGUGUUUAAUUCUCUUCAAAGGGCAGCAUCAUCUUGGAUCCAGACUUUGAUAUUUUCCAGGAAAUGGGGCAUCUUUGCAAAAUCUGCAAAGUGAUCAGUGCAAACAGAAAACUUGUGAAGCCGGGGGGAGCGCAGUGUUUGCCAUCAGGUAAGGCUCAAACACAACUCAGAGGGGAAUCUUUUAUCAUGAAAUAAAAACAAAAUUAAAUAACAAAAAAAAUACUUAUUGUUUAAAGAGUCUAAAUAACAGGUUUAUUAUCUUUUAAACAAUUAAUCAGUAGAAACUAUAUGUUUAUUGAUCACUAUGGACUUAAAUAAAGGCACCUACGGAGAACUCAGGUGUGUGUAGACAAAGACGAAGCUUUAAUCACAUUGCUUUACCUGUCCUGCUCAUACAAGAGUAGUGUUUUUAACAAAAAUGACGCCACCUUGUUCAAAUUUCAAAUUCAACUUAAUUUAUAAUAAUAAUGCAUCAGAUUUCAUAUAGCGCUUUAUCAGAGACCCUCAAAGCGCUAAACAUUGGACACAUCAUUCGCUCACACAGUCACACUUUGGUGGUGGUAAACUACCUUAGUAGUCACAGUUGCCCUGGGGCAAACUGAUGGAAACGUGGCUGCCAUUUUGCACCUACGGCCUCUCCGACCGCCACCACACAACACUCACAAUCAUACACCAGUGGAGGACACACACUGGGAGCAAGGUUAAGUGUCUUGCCCAAGGACACGAGGGACAGACUUGGGACAGGGGGGAAUCGAACCGCCAACCUUCCGGUUACUGGAUGACCACUCUACCUCCUGAGCUAUUGCCGCCCCAGGCCAGGGCCACGAGCCACCUUCGCCCCCGAGCCUUUCCAAGCCGACCCAGAGCCGGAAUGGGGGGAAAUCCAUUCCAUCCAUUUUCCAUCUAUCCAUUUUUUUCUGGAUAAUUCUUUGAUGAAGGAAAAUGUACAGAUAAAAAUGAACCAAAAAAGCUGUGGUUUCAUUAAGCCUAUGAAAGCACUUAUCAGCUGCACAUGAAAUCAGAUUUGUAAGAAAAAGAGGAAAUGAUGAAAAUGUUCUUAAAUGUUAAAAAGAAAAUUUAUAUAGAAAUACUUUUUCUUUCUUCCUCAGGUAAUAAACUGUCGUCUGUGUUGCCUCUGCUCCACCCUGAGUGUCACUCUCUCCCUGAACCCAACCUGCUACCGGGUCAGCUCUCACACGGAGCGGUGGGAAUGCACGGAGGAAAGGUCCGCUGGCUGUCCAUGGCCUUUGAGUCUGUAAGUCUCAUUAUCCGUCUGCUUUUUAUCUGUCUGUGUCGCAGACUUUCACAUUCACUACCUCACUUUUUUUACUCUGUUCUCCCUCCGCCAAAGACCACAUACAAGGGGAAAUCCUCCUUUCAGACCUACUCUGACUUCCUCCAGUGGGAGAACUUCAUUCAAGAGCAGCUCGCCUCCCUCCCACAGUCAUCAGCUCUGCAACGAGGUUUCCAGACCUGUGAGCACUGGAAGCAGAUCUUCAUGGAGAUCAUAGGUAAGUGAAGAUACGGUGUGACAUUUCAAGAGAUAGCGGGAAUGGACGAAAGUGGCAGUAUGUGAAAGUUGCUAUUCUGCUGCUCUGUGGUCUGUUUGUAGGUGUGGAGAGUGCCCUCUGGAGUCUGCUGCUGUCUCUGGCCAUCUGUGUGGCAGCUGUGUCCGUGUUUACUGCUCAUCCUCUGCUGCUACUGCCAGUGCUCAUCACCAUACUAGGUAAGAGGUGAACUUUUUCAUUCAGGCUCUUCAGAGUGUCUCCUUUGUACACUCAGAGAUGGGUUUUUAAAUGUGAAUAUUGAGGCCUGAGUUUGUAUCCUUUUUAAGAUUGUGGGGUUUUUUGUGCUUCUUCAGGCGUGAUCUGUCUAGUUGUGGCUGUCAUGUAUUGGCUGGGCUGGGAGAUGGGUGCAGUGGAGGCAAUUUCUCUCUCCAUACUCGUGGGCUCUUCAGUGGAUUACUGCCUGCACCUCGUGGAGGGUUACCUGCUGGCUGGGGAGACCAUGCCCUCUACACCGGGUCAGAACUUGGUAUGGGAAUGUCGAUUUCUUGCAUAACAUAAUUGAGUAAUUGCAAAAAAAUUGUCCUAAUUUUUUUUGUGUUCAUACUUGUCGAAACAAGAUAAUGACUAAGAAUUUGGGUUUAAUGAGGUGAGAAGCGCCCUCGAGGCUUCAGAGUAAAGAGGAGCGGCUGUCUUACCAAUCCUUUUUUUUUUUUUUUGCAGGAGCCUGCAGUGGAGAGGCGGAGGCGGACCUUAGAGGCAGUGAACCAUGUAGGUGUUGCCAUAGUGUCCAGCGCCGUCACCACAGUGAUCUCCACAGUCCCUCUCUUCUUCUGCGUCAUUGUGCCUUUCGCCAAGUUCGGCCAGAUAGUGGCCAUAAACACUGCUGUCUCCAUUUUGUUCACCCUGACCGUGACCGUGGCCAUGUUGGCCUGUAUGGCCCCCCCUCGUUUCAGCAGACCUCCCGGUGCUGUUCUCAAGGCCAGCCUGGCUGUGAUGGUGGUAUCGGCCCUGGGAGCGGCUGUGUGCUGGGUGGGAGGGCAGCUGGGGUCGUUGGCCUGGCACUCAAUCAGCAUGUAAACACAAACUAACCCAGACUCACGUCAAUGUCAGGCUGAUGAGUCUGCCCGUAUGCAAAUCUAAGAACUGAAAGCACCCAGUUUUCCUUCGUGUUCAGGAGGAUCCUCAGAUCAGUGAAUGAUUGAAACUUUACAGCACAAAGAUGUCAGAAUCUAUUCCAUGAAUGUAAAUUGUUUUUCAUCACAGAAUCCACCGUCUUUACUUUCAUUAGUCGAUGAUUAAGUACUUAAAUAUUGUGUAAAAAAACUGUGACUCACAGCUGACCGACCUCUCUGUUCUUUUAAAUGAUGAUUCAGUCUGUAUUUCCUUUUCCUUUUUUCGCUUCUAUAUCGCCUUCAGCCAAGAGGUGGAGACAAUUGAGUAAUCGUUGGGAAACACUCACUGAGUCACCGUUUUUAUCUGUGUAACUUGUUGAGUGGUGAAGAGCAGCUGACUGUGCCGUGACCUGCUAUUGUGAAUACCGCCGGGGCUGCGUGUUCUGACGUCCGUGAAGAUAAGUGUUACCGCUCCACUUGACUCACAGGCAAUCUUGUGAAACAUGUUGUUUGUUUUCUUUGUUUAUGUUUUCCUCGAUGGAUGUUGAGUUUCUGUUUUUUCUGCAGCCACUUUUGAAACAAAGGUGAUGAUGUCCAGAUGUGGCUGGUUUACAAGUUGUGCUCAGAUUUGUACCCUGCACAGUUUUAUUAAAUGUAAUAUGGGAUGUCAAUAUUUCAGUGUCCUGCUCACACACACACACACACGCACACUCCACAAUAUAUAAUCUCCUUUCCUGACAUUUAAAUAUGUUCAUACCUUAGAUCUCUAUUUUUGUCAUCAGCACCAAUUGAAAGAAACCUCAGGUCCUUCACUGUACUCUUUAAACACCCUUCAUCACACUUGUAGGCACUCGGAUCAAGCAACGCUGCUCUCACACAGUUUAGAGCACCACUCAUGCAUCCAUCGACACGGGCUCCGCUCUGCCCCGCAGUGAAGGUGAGGGCCAUUUGUCAAGCCACAUAACACAAUAAUGGUUAUGGAGAGGAACUGACUCCAUUGCAGCAAGUGCAGUAAAUCCCUGUCGUGUGUGCGUGCAUGUGUGUGUGUGUGUGUUCCUCGUGAAAGUCAAAUAAAACAGGUGCAGGAA